AUGACAGAACCAAUACCACCAACUGAAGCUGCACUGAGAUUAGAACUCCCUACCUACAAUGCAAAUGCUCAGACUUGGUUUAUUCAGCUCGACGCGAUUUUUCAAGCCAGACACAUAACGUCCCAACAAUCGAAAUUCGCGUUCGUGGUAGAGAAGCUUCCUGUGGAAGUAGCUGCUGAGGUAUCGGGUAUUCUUACCAGUCUCCUGCCCGAAAAGCCUUAUGAAGUGCUCAGGCAGACUAUUUUACAGCGAACGGGAUGUUCAGAAGAGCUUUCCUCAGCCCUCUACAUCCCAUCAACCAAAAGUCCUCCUCUACAAAGAAGGCCACUCCCUCCACAUCCUCACCUACCUCUCCUUCCACUUCUUCUGCCCAGUCCCAAAUCCCUCUCAGUAGAGACCUCAGCCCUUUUAGACAAUCAUAUACUCCCCGCCACACCCCCAGUCCUUCUCCCAUUAAAUCCUCUGAAAUGCCCUCUCCUCUAA